GUCCAAACUAACUUCGCAGACCAUGGCCGUUGUCGUCGUGGUCGCGACUACACCUGGCAAAAAUCACGAAACAUUUCUUCGUUCUCAAGAUCUCAAUUGCCAGAAUCUUAGCCGAUAUUCGGUGUGUCGAGACUAAGCAGCAUCUCUGUCCUGUUCGAGUGCAGGGACCCAUUUGAACGUCUGCGCUAUUACGGGUAUGUGUGCAAUAGGUCCGUUGCAAAAAGAGGGGAAUGAGGGCCUCGUGCGCCGUCCGAGGUUUUCCCGCUGAUCACGAGAGCAGAGUCACAAGCGGAGGCACGUCUCGCAGAUUUAUUGUUGCACAGAGUCCUUCCAGCGUCGGAGGCAUAUAUAAGGUACUGCUCUACGGUGAAGAAUACACAGACGAGCCGUUUCAACAUCUUCGAAGUAUGCGCACCACCGCUUGGUUGUCAAUUUUUAGUUUUGCUGUUUGUGUCUCUGCAGUCGUGCCCUUGCCUCGGGAGCUCUGGGAACGCACUGGGAUCCCUCAAGCGGAAAUCGAGAGCAUCCUUUCACAGCUCCCCGAAGUCCCUGGCCUCGGACCUUCAGCUUCGACUUGUACAGCGAACACGACCAUCGACGGGACUUGGCCUAAUCCUACCCGGUCAUCUUCGUAUGACAUCUCGAAGAGGAGCGCGUUCGUAAAACGGUCAGGAAAUCAGCUUACUCUCCUCGGAGACCCAUUCCAUGUCGUCGGCCCGAACGUCUAUUGGUUAGGGCUUGAUGAGAAUGUAAUCCCAGAUCCAAGCUAUCCUUCGAAAACACGCGUUUUAGAAGCCAUGGGCGUGAUAUCGGCCAUGCAAGGUACUGCUCUUCGUGGUCACACCCUUGGAAUCUCGUUCGGAAAUCCUCUCUCUGUCGAACCAUCUCUUGACGUAUUCAACGAGAAUGCAUACGAGUCCAUCGAUUUCGCAAUUCUAGCAGCGCGCGUCUACGGCUUGAAAAUCCUGAUUCCUUUAGUCGACAACUAUAAUUACUACCACGGUGGGAAGUAUCAAUUCAUCCAAUGGGCAGGUCAUCCAUUCGAAGGAGUUGGGGAUAACAUCACGCCCCCAGACGUCGGAGCCUAUUUUUUCAACACUAGUUCCAUCGUCGACUCCUUUAAGCGCUACAUCACGCACCACCUGAGCCACGUCAACCGUUACACGAAUAUUGCGCUGAAAGACGACCCCACCAUCCUAGGAUGGGAAUCCGGGAACGAGCUCUCGGCCGUGCUCUGGAAUGACGGACCUGCUCCACCAACUUGGACGAGCGAGAUUGGACAGCUUAUCAAGAGCCUUGCGCCGAAUCAUUUGUUUUUUGACGGAACGUAUGGAAUAUAUGAAGGCACUGGGCAGGUGGACGUGAAGGUCGUUGAUGUAUUUUCCGAUCACUUUUACCCGCCCAAUAUUACGAAGCUGGAAUCAGGUAUCGCGCUUGCCCAUGGCGCGGGUCGUGGAUAUUUCGCUGGGGAGUUCGAUUGGGUUGGCAAGAGCGGCGACGAUCUCACUACAUUCCUCUCCCAAGUUAAAACUUCGGGAGCGGUCGGUGACGCAUUCUGGUCGUUGUUCGGUCACGACGAUCAGUGUUGCCAGUAUGUUGAGCAUGACGACGGAGAAUCUUUCUAUUAUCUUCGCAAUGAGACCUACAAGGCCAGAGGGGAUAUCCUUGUUGCUCAUGCAAAGGACAUCAGCGGAAAACAGGCCCCUGCUAUUCUCCCUGCCGUCGCAUGUCCGCAAUACAAGCUCUAGUUUGGGUAGGAGAUGAUUAGUAACUUUCACUAAUCAGUAGUCAUCGGGUUUGGAUACGGGAAAAAAUGUUAUUUGCACCUUGAUUACGAUGCUUACAUAUUUAGUGUAGGCCAUGAAACAGCGCACAGUCCUUCACUUUCCACAUCAUCGAUUCCGCUGUAAGAAACAUGAAUAUGAGUAUUAUCUUGCACG